AUGAACACAGUACUCAUUUUGUAUACAACGCUAGUAAUAUGUUGCCUUGCCUACGCCUUGGCACUUCCAAUGCCAGAAAAUGAGGAACUGCAGUUGCAACCCGCUGCUGACAUACUGGAGCCACAAGAAUCACGAUAUGGUUGGGGUGGCCCGGGUUGGGGAGGACGCGCUUGGGCCGGUCGAGGUUGGGGAGGCUAUGGCUGGGGAGGCAAAGGCUACGGUUGGGGUCCCGGGGGUGGCUGGGGUCCUGGAGGCGGCUGGAGACCUGGUGGCGGCUUAAUAGGAGGUGGAAUCAUCGGAGGCGGAAUCGUCGGUGGCGGUUGGGGAGACGGACGCUAA